CCCCCCCCCCCCAACCCCCGGCCUCUCUCCUUCUCUCUCUCUCUCGCAUCAUGUUCAUUGGAUUCCCGCCACGAAAAUAGUAAAAAGUUCUCCGGCACCAAAACCAUCCCCGUUGUGUUCUUGCCUCUUCUCUUUUAUAGUGCUCUGGAAAUGGUAGUUGGCUAAUGAUUCAUCCUGGAUGCAUUGGCUUUUCAAAUUCUCAAAGGAUGGCAAUGACUACCAGACUGAGUAUUCCCAUGAGCCAGAAACCAACUAUUGCAGGAUCAUCUCAUUUGCCCAUGACAAUGACAUUUUCAUCCUUGCGGAGCUUGCAUGGAGCAAUGACAUUUCCACGUGUUAGGAGAUUGGGGGCAGCACAUAAUCAGCUUAAUUUGUUCCCUCCAACUGCAGGAGUUUGUCGUCAACAUAUUUCGGCUGCAUCCUCGCCAUUGCUUGUUGGGGAUCAUAAUGUCUUUUCUGAGUUCAUGCCAUCCAUUCCAAAGAGACACACCAGGAACAUGUUUGUGUCACCAAAAGCAUCAAAGGAUGUCCCAUCCUCGUUCCGUUAUCCACCUAUGACAAAGAAACCAAGAUGGUGGUGGCGUACACUGGCUUGUCUUCCAUACCUCAUGCCCCUUCAUGAGACAUGGAUGUAUGCAGAGACAGCAUAUCAUCUCCACCCCUUUUUGGAGGAUUUUGAGUUUUUCACAUACCCAUUUCUUGGUGCCAUUGGCAGGCUACCUAGUUGGUUCUUGAUGGCUUACUUUUUUGCUGCAUAUCUUGGCAUAGUGCGCAGGAAGGAGUGGCCUCAUUUUUUCCGAUUUCAUGUAGUUAUGGGAAUGCUUCUUGAGAUAGCUCUGCAGGUGGUGGGCAUGGUCAGCAGGUGGAUGCCGCUUGCUUUCUAUUGGGGAAAGAUAGGAAUGCAUUUUUGGACAGCAGUAGCAUUUGGGUACCUCUUCACUGUUCUUGAAUGCAUCAAGUGUGCACUGUGUGGCAUGUAUGCAGACAUACCAUUCGUUUGUGAUGCUGCAUAUAUCCAGAUCCCAUAUGAUUAAGAUAUAGGUUAAGAUUAGUGAAAUGUAUUUUCUCAGUUCCUGUUCGAGUUAAUGUUUUUCGUAGUCGUUUAUGAACAUGAAUGGUUAAUCUUUUGAAUUUUGAUUCCUUUUUUCGGUGGAUAUAUUAUGGGCCUGAUUAACUCUUA